AUGUUUUUAGUCUAUUCUCCUGCGGUAGCAACAGCAUUUAUUUACACUUUUCAGAAUUUUAGCUCUUAUUCGCACAUUUUUCGGCGUACUUAGUGACCGGAAACACAAACAUCGCGCGUGCGCAUUAGGUAGUUCUUUUUUCCCCGCUUCACGUUGAAAAUGGCGACCCCAGCCAAAGUCAGUAAACCCGACGGGAAAAAUAAUCAUGACGCUGCAGAUGAACAGGCCGACAAAGAACAGCAAGAAGCUAUUGAACAAAUAGAUGAAGUUCAGAAUGAGAUCGACAAACUGAAUGAAAAUGCGAGUGAAGAGAUUCUCAAAGUUGAACAGAAAUACAACACACUCAGGCAGCCUUAUUUCAAGAAGCGGUCAGAUCUAAUAGCGAAAAUUCCAAACUUCUGGGUCACUGCUUUUGUCAAUCAUCCCCAAGUGUCAGCCUUACUCAACGAGGACGAUGAGGAGGCCCUGCAGUACCUCACCAAGGUCGAAGUUCAGGAGUUUGAGGAUAUCAAAUCUGGCUACAGAAUUAACUUUCACUUCGAUUCAAACCCAUACUUCUCAAACGAGAUGCUGACAAAAGAGUUCCACCUGAACGACUCAGGCGAUCCUUCAUCACAGUCCACGCCCAUCAAAUGGAAAGAGGGAAAGGACUUGACGAAGAAGGGAAACGACAACAAGGGAAAGAAGAGGAGUCACGACGACCAGGAAUCAUUUUUCAGCUGGUUCGGCGACCAUGGUGACGCCGGCGCUGACGAACUCGGGGAGGUUAUCAAGGACGAUAUCUGGCCCAACCCACUGCAGUACUACCUGGCGUCUGAAAUAGACGAGGAGACUGGCGGGGACGGUGUUGAGGAUGAUCUUGAUGACGAGGGAAACUAUGAAGACGAAGAGGAACCUGAAGAUGAGGUUGAAGAGGAGGGCGAGGGGGAUGAGGACGAGGAGGAGGAGGAGGGUUAGACAUGAGGACCAUUCUUUUUCUUUUUUUUAAAUUUUUUUUUUUUUAUAUUUAUUUUUAUUUUUGUGUGCGUAACUUUGACUGAGACAACGUAUCAUUCAUCAUCAGUUCAUGUGUCAUCGAUCGUCAUCUCACUCGGAAACUUGUCACUAUUCCAUGUUGUCAUUUUCCUUUGCUUCAGAAGUUCCCAUCAACAUCCUCUCUGCUAGGUCUCAGAUGCAACCUUCCAUCUUUUUGUUGGGUUGUUUUGGGGGUUUUUUACUGAGAGUUUUUGUAUGCCGUGGCUGUUUGUUGAAAAGCAGACUUUUAAAAAUCUUUCAAAAAUUUUCUUCUCUUUGUACUUGAAGUAGAGAAAAUGUUAUGGAAGAUGUUUUUAAAAAAGAAAAGGAAAAAAACCAAAACAAAACAAAAGUUGUAUUAUUGGGUCUCGGUGUGCACUUUCAUCCCUUUGGCUGAGGAGUGGUUGGGCCAAGUAGAAGUUCCAUUGUGUUAGUGAGUGGUUGUAUCUGAGAGGUAAAUUGUCCUCCUUCUGUCCCGGUUUGUGGAGAGUGAGGGUCUGGAGGCCUCCGCCUUGUCUGACAAGCCUGGGACGUGUUGCUCCGGCCUGCGUGUGUGUCAAGGUCACUGGCGUUCCAAAUCUUUGUCUACGUAAAGGUUGUACCCACCUACCUUCGUGGUGUUCAGUGAAACGGGGGGGGGGGGAAUAAAUAUAAAACUUGCUUUUUUUUUUUUUUUUUUAAAGGUUAUGUGAAGCAAAUUAGGUACCGUAAUUAAACACAGUAUUUUAUUUUUUCACUUUGUUUCUAACAUAAAGUUCAUAUCAUGAUUUGUGGUGUUUCCAAAAGCUUCAUAAAAUUUUGUUCCAUUCAUCCUUCACACAUGUACAAGUCAAAGUUCCAUUUUUUUUCCUUCUUUGUACAAAAAAAAUCAGUCACAAAGAUUUCCUCUUGCAAACGCAGCAAAUUGAUGGAUGGUACGUAAGGAAAUUUGUACGUGUUUUCUUUGACUCUUGUUCCGCUCUGAAGUUGUACCAUCAUCCUUAUGAUUAUAUCUCAGGUCAUUUGCCAAGGGAGCUGUUUUGUUCUUGUUGAUGAGAUCAUUUUGUCGGUCGUUUCACACGUCCCCACUCCCCCCCACCCCCCAUUGUGUGAGGGGAGGAGACCGCCCUCUCAUCCCCGACCUAUGUUGGACCAUUGAUGCCUGCCUCAUCUCAUGUGUAGCAACUGCUGCUGCUGCUUCAUCAGUCGUGGAAGAAGUCUCGCAGGAACAACUCUUCUAGUUUUGUUAGACAAGGUCUCGUCUCUUUCGAAUUGAGAUAGUCUCUCUCUCUCUCUCUCUCUCUCUCUCUCUCUCUCUCUCUCUCUCUCUCUCUCACAUUAUUCUCUACUGUUCCAAUUUUCAAUUUUUAAAUCCCUCACUGGACAGAAGGAAGUGCAAAGUAAACAACGGAACAAUGUCUCAAUUUUUGAAGCAUUUUUUUUUUUCUCCCCCAAUUUUUACAGAGCACAGUGAGCACAUGGUAAAUUGUGAAGUUAUUAUAUUUUGAAAGAAAACAGGUUUUAACAUUGUCAUGGAUGAUCGGUGCUUAUCUCGUUUGUUUGUGUAAGAUUGGUCUUAUGAUGUUCAUCUUGUCUUUGCAGUAAUUGCCUCUCAUUUUCGUAAAUAAAUGUUGAGAAUAUCAAAUUUGGA